UUUAAAAUAUGGCCGUUCAUGUGGUAAUGCUGAAUUAAUUUGACGAGCAAAGAUAAGUAAACACGAUUACAUUUUGCGCGCAAGUGGCGCAGCCGUUCCUCAUUUUUCUCUCACUCUUGCGCGUAAUGAUGAGACAAAAUGUUUUGUCUCAUCAUUUUGUAAUGAUCGGACUCGUGUUGUUUUGUUGAGAGAUGUGGGAAUAUUUUCAUAUUGAUGUUUCAACCGCUCAUCAAGUGUCUGUGGUCAGACUGCGUGGAUUAAACGCAUGUUCUCCCCUGAGCUGCGCGUUUGAUAGUUUUGAAUACAUUAAUUGUCAAGUCUAAACACACACACAACGCUUAAACACACACACACACACACACACACACACAGAGACACGAACACACCGCGCACGGGCACAGCUUCUGACUAAGUGGCCGGGGCGGGACCCAUGCGUGGGACGAGGCGGGGACAGCAGGCAGGCGGGCGGGCGCGCAGCGUGCUGGUCGGGUUGGUGGACAGCUGAUUGUCCGUGUUAUUAACUGUGUUUGGAGAGGAGGGGGCGUUGGGGGGCGUUCCUGCUCGGCCUCGCACAGACUCCGCCUCCAACACCUACUAGUUCUCCUCCUGUUUGGCAUCCCAGAGAUGGUCCAAAGUGAUUCCUCAGGGAAGAGAAGGAGCGCAAAUCACCGGAGCAAGGAGCUGACAAGGAGCGCGUCGCCGGGACUGCCUUUUUUUAAUUGCGCGUAAUCUUCCGUCUCAUCCAUCUGAGCCGAGGACAGGACUUUGUAAAAAAAAAAAGAACCGGAGGGGAAAGCGUUGACUGUUAGUUUUAAAAACCUGACAUUUCGCUUGUGUUCCUGUCAGCGGCAGCACCUUGAUCCGGGGGACCGUCGCCAACUCGGCGCAGCCUCUCAUCCUGCGCUCCCCCUUUCAUCGCUCCUCAUCUUCAGAGCUGCUGCUGCCUCACUCCUCCGCCUCUUCUUUUUCCUGCUGGAGUCGCACGAGGAGCCGCUAACCCUGGAUGCUGACAGACAGCUCCCCUCUUCCCUCCGCGUGUCGCAUCUUUUGUUUACUUUCAGAAACACACGCGCAACUAGACGCCAAGUGUAACAGACCACGCCACUUUGCUCCUGUGACAGCGCGAUCAGACAGACGCGAGCAGGAGGGGAGGCAGAGGAGAAAGACGAAGAAGGAGGGCGCCAAGGAGAGGAGGAUAGAGAGAGUGAGGGAGAGAGAGAGAGUGAGAGAGAGGGACAGCGACAGCUUUGAAGGUGCGUUUUGAUGUUUGGCAUCCACGAGAGCAUCCAGAGGAGUGGGAGUAGUAUGAAAGAGGAGCCCAUGGUGGCCGGGAUGAACGCCGUUCGGACAUGGAUGCAGGGCGCCGGGGUGCUGGACGCCAACACCGCCGCGCAGAGCGGAGUGGGUCUCGCUCGGGCACACUUCGAGAAGCAGCCGCCCUCCAACCUGCGCAAGUCCAACUUCUUCCACUUCGUCCUGGCUCUGUACGACCGACAGGGUCAGCCGGUGGAGAUAGAGAGGACCACCUACAUCGACUUCGUGGAGAAGGACAAGGAAACGACGGGGGAAAAGACCAACAAUGGGAUCCAUUAUAGACUCCAGCUCCUCUACAGUAACGGGAUCAGGACAGAGCAGGACUUGUAUGUUCGUCUCAUUGACUCCAUGACUAAACAGGCGAUUAUCUAUGAGGGCCAGGAUAAAAAUCCAGAGAUGUGUCGGGUUCUGUUGACCCACGAGAUCAUGUGCAGCCGAUGCUGCGAUAAGAAGAGUUGUGGCAACAGGAACGAGACCCCGUCAGACCCCGUCAUCAUCGACAGGUUCUUCCUCAAGUUCUUCCUGAAGUGUAACCAGAACUGCCUGAAGAAUGCAGGGAACCCUCGGGACAUGAGGCGUUUUCAGGUGGUCGUGUCGACUACGGUGAGCGUGGAGGGUCACGUCCUGGCCGUGUCCGACAACAUGUUUGUGCACAACAACUCCAAACACGGCCGCCGGGCCCGAAGACUGGACCCGUCGGAAGGAACGCCGUCCUACCUGGAGCAUGCAACCCCCAGCAUCAAAGCCAUCAGCCCCAGUGAAGGCUGGACCACAGGGGGCGCCACAGUCAUCAUCAUCGGGGACAACUUCUUCGACGGCCUGCAGGUCAUCUUCGGAACCAUGCUGGUCUGGAGUGAGCUGAUCACCCCCCAUGCCAUUCGUGUGCAGACUCCACCCAGACACAUCCCCGGGGUGGUGGAGGUCACGCUGUCCUACAAAUCCAAACAGUUCUGCAAAGGCACACCUGGACGCUUCAUCUACACAGCGCUGAACGAGCCAACUAUAGACUACGGCUUCCAGAGGUUACAGAAGGUCAUCCCCAGACACCCCGGAGACCAAGAGAGAUUACCCAAGGAGGUGAUCCUAAAGAGAGCAGCGGACCUGGUGGAGGCCUUGUACGGCAUGCCUCACAACAACCAGGAGAUGAUUCUGAAACGAGCGGCAGAUAUCGCAGAGGCCCUGUACACAACGGUGCCAAGAGGGCACAACCAGCUCUCCGGUCUUGGCAGCGGCUCCGUCCAUGCUGGCAUGAUGUCUGUAAACUCCUUCACUGGGUCGGAGGUGGCGCAAACGGGCAAUCAGGGUUUCAGUAGGAAUACAAGCAGUGUGUCCCCUCACGGUUAUGUCCCUGGCUCCACCCCCCAGCAGAAUAGCUACAGCUCUGUCUCCAAUAGCAUGAAUGGCUACGCUAACUCUGGCAUGGCAACCUUGGGCACCUCGCCCAACUUCCUCAAUGGAUCUGCCGGCAACUCGCCCUAUGCUAUCGUCCCAUCAAGCCCCACCAUGGCCUCAUCGACCAGCCUGCCCUCCAACUGCAGUAGCUCCUCCGGCAUCUUCUCCUUCUCCCCGGCCAACAUGGUGUCUGCAGCCGUCAAGCAGAAGAGCGCCUUCGCCCCUGUCGUUCGACCCCAGAACUCCCCCCCGCCCACAUGCAACAGCUCUAACGCUAACGGCCUGCAAGAUCAGUCUUUUGUGGACUCUAGCAAGUACUCAUCAGCCAGCUCUCUGCAGGGCCUGGCCUUCUCCUGAACGAUUCCCGGGAUGAUCGUUCCACCCAUGUAGAGGAAUCUGGGAUGGCUGGAGAUUUGGGAUUUUUUUUUUUUUAAAGAGGAAAAGACACAGUAGCAGAGUCUGGCGAGUCUCUGCCCUGCUCCGGAGCUGAGCUGAAGGAAGUCAAGAUAAGACGCCAGGACUCUGUUAAACUCAGGCCUUUCCAUUGGGAUUUCAUCUGAAGGGAUAAGGGGAGGAGGAAAAAAGAAGGAACAGUCCAAACCUUUGUGAUGUUAUUUCCCUCUUGGUUGAAUUAGUGUAGCUUCUCUGACAUCGCCUCUCGUGGAGUGUGUAGAGACUGAUAGUUUGCCCACAGUGUGACACUGACCUCAUGAAAAGAACAUUUAUUUAUCUUUAUGUUUAUGCCUGUAAGGUUUGGCUUUGAUUACCGGAGCCCCCCCC